GCCCAAAACCCUAUAAAUGUGGUCUUAAAUGAAAGCUCCUCCAUCCAACCCCAAAACCCAUAUCUCUCUCUCCCUCUCUCCCUGCGGUGUAAUUCUCUUUUGAUUCCUGUUAGUUUCAAAUUGAAUUGCAGCCGGGGAAAGGGAAAGAGUGGUGAGAAUGGACUUGAAACAGCGAUCGAUCAAACCCCACCUCCACAGAAUCCCUUCCUCUGCGGCAUUUCCACCGUCCAAUAUCAAGGCCAAGGCCGCCAAGGUGGUCAUGGUCGACGAGGAUUCCCCAAAGGCCUCCGACGCCCUGCCCCUCCCUCUGUACAUCACAAACGGCGUUUUCUUCACCCUAUUCUUCUCUGUGGUCUACUACCUCCUCACCCGCUGGAGGGAGAAGAUCCGAAACUCCACCCCUCUCCACGUCGUCACCCUCUCCGAAAUCGCUGCCAUCGUUGCGUUUGUCGCCUCCUUCAUCUACCUCCUUGGCUUCUUUGGCAUCAGCUUCGUCCAGUCCUUGAUAAUCCCCCGCUCUUCCCACGAUGACGUCUGGGCCGCCGAUGAUGACCUUGACCUUGACAACAUCAUCCUCAAGGAAGAAACUCGCUCCGUUCCUUGUGCUGCCGCCGCCAUAGUCGAUUGCCCCUCACUCCCCUCCCCCAAACCCCAACCCCACAAGGCCAACGUCGAUGAUGUUCUCCCUCUUCCUAAUAAUACUACAUCAUCGGAAGAAGAAGACGAGGAGAUUAUCAAGUCUGUGGUGGCCGGAACCACUCCCUCUUAUGCCCUGGAGUCCAAGCUCGGGGAUUGCUACAGAGCCGCCGCGAUUAGGCGGGAGGCAUUACAGAGGAUGACAGGGAAGUCGGUGGAAGGGUUGCCCUUGGAUGGAUUCGACUACCAGUCAAUACUGGGGCAGUGCUGCGAGAUGCCUAUUGGGUAUGUUCAGGUCCCAGUUGGUAUUGCGGGUCCUCUUUUGCUGGACGGCAGGGAGUAUUCGGUUCCCAUGGCCACAACUGAGGGUUGUUUGGUGGCCAGUACAAACAGGGGAUGCAAGGCCAUUUACGCUUCCGGUGGGGCCUCCAGUGUCCUGUUAAAAGAUGGGAUGACCAGGGCUCCUGUUGUCAGGUUCGGCACUGCCAAGAGGGCCGCCGAUUUGAAGUUCUUCUUGGAGGACCCCCUCCAUUUCGACACCCUCUCCCUCGUUUUUAAUAGGUCUAGCCGAUUUGGUAGGCUACAGAGCAUUAAGUGUGCAAUUGCUGGGAAGAAUCUGUACAUGAGGUUCUGUUGCAGCACAGGAGAUGCCAUGGGAAUGAACAUGGUCUCGAAAGGUGUACAGAACGUUUUGGAUUUCCUUCAGAAUGACUUCCCUGACAUGGAUGUCAUCGGCAUCUCUGGAAACUUCUGUUCCGACAAGAAGCCAGCUGCAGUGAACUGGAUCGAAGGAAGGGGGAAGUCAGUUGUAUGUGAGGCAAUCAUUAAGGAGGAGGUGGUGAGGAAGGUGCUAAAGACCGACGUUGGUUCCUUGGUGGAGUUGAACAUGCUCAAGAACCUUACGGGUUCAGCAAUGGCGGGAGCACUGGGUGGAUUCAACGCCCAUGCGGGUAAUAUUGUAUCAGCAGUGUUUCUAGCCACAGGCCAAGACCCAGCUCAAAACGUGGAGAGUUCCCACUGCAUCACCAUGAUGGAAGCAGUCAACGAUGGCAAGGACCUUCACGUAUCCGUUACAAUGCCUUCUAUUGAGGUUGGAACAGUUGGAGGUGGUACCCAACUAGCAUCUCAGUCAGCAUGUCUGAACCUGCUUGGGGUGAAGGGUGCGUGCAAAGAUUCGCCCGGAUCAAACGCAAGGCUGCUGGCUACCAUUGUAGCUGGUUCGGUUCUAGCAGGGGAGCUCUCCCUCAUGUCAGCAAUUGCAGCUGGACAGCUUGUCAAGAGUCACAUGAAGUACAACAGAUCAAACAAAGAUGUUUCUAAACCGGCUUCCUAACUUUUGGGCAUAUAUUCAUCAGCUUGUAACUAACUCCAGAGGAAAAUUGGUGUAUCCUUAUACUACUUCAACAAUUCUAGUGCUGGAUGUUCAUAACUGAAAGGAUGUUGGAGGGGUGAGGAAACCGGGGAAGGUGGAAAGUUUGCACUGGUUUUGGUUAUUUUGUUGUUGUGCUACUCUUGUAUUCAUUGUUUUGGAAUUCCGUUUCCAGUACUGAAAUCCCAUGUUUCGAUUUACAAUAAGCUACUACCGUACCAAUGAUAAUCAAUCUAAAGUCUGUCA